AUGGACACAGUGCUGGAGCAGUUCACAGGGCUGGAGUCCUUUCCCUCCCCUUACUUUGAUGAAGAAGACUUCUUCACUGACCAGUCUUCCAGGGACCACAUAGAUGCAGAUGACUUCUUGGAAGAUGAUGUGGACUUCUUGACUGGUCAGAUUCAGGAGUACUAUAAGGACAGCAGGAUAUUUCAUGAGGAAGAUUACUGUGAUCCUGACAACUUCUCCUUCUCCUCCUCUUCCUCCUCUGGAGGCUUCCCCUAUGACUGUGGGGAUGGAAGCUGUGAAUUGUCUCCAGGAAUGAAGGGGGGCAGCUCGGCUGCCAAGAGGAGGAGAAGGAUGAGAUCUGAGGGGGAGAUGCAGCAGCUGAGACAGGCAGCCAAUGUGAGGGAGCGCAGGAGGAUGCAGUCCAUCAAUGAUGCCUUUGAGGGAUUGAGAUCCCAUAUCCCGACGCUUCCCUAUGAGAAGAGGCUCUCCAAGGUGGACACCCUGCGCUUGGCCAUCGGCUACAUCAACUUUCUGAGCGAGCUGGUGCAAUCAGAUCUGCCACCGAGGAACUCCAGCAAUGAGAGCUCCAUGCAGCCCAAGAAAGUCAUCAUCUGUCACAGGGGAACAAGAUCUCCAUCUCCCAGUGACCCAGAUUAUGGGCUCCCCCCUCUAGCUGGUCAUUCUCUCUCCUGGACUGAUGAGAAGCAACUCAGAGAUCAGAACAUUGUACGAACAGCUAAAGUCUGGACCCCUGAAGACCCCAGGAAAUUAAGCAAAUCAUCACUGAAUGACAUUGAGAAUGAGCCCCCCCUGACUCUGUGCAUGGACAUGUGA